AUGUCAGAAGUAACAACAACAACCAUAUCAGCCCCAUCAAAGUUCAUCUCAGAUAUAUCAGGUGCUAAAGUCAUCGUGAAACUUUAUUCAGGUGAAGAAUACCAUGGCACUUUAGAUUCCAUUGAUGGUUACAUGAACAUCACAUUAGAAGAAACACAAGAAAUAGUCAGCAAUAAAGUCACCAGAAAAUACGGUGAUGUUUUCAUCCGUGGUAAUAAUGUCCUAUAUAUAUCACAAGCUUAA